AAAAAUGAAAAUGGAUCCUCCAAUAAAAGUAAUAUUGGAUCUUUGAGUAAGAGUGACAUUAAUAACAUUGGGUCCUCUAGCAAAAAUGACAAUAGAUUUGCAAAUAACAGAGGAUUCACGCCCCCUCCCCAGAAUGGUUUCACCCAUCAUCCAAUUAUCACACCUAAAGCGCAUAGAAAUAUG